AUGUCUACGCCUAUUAUCCGAGUGCACUGGUUGAAUGAAUCCAGAGCUUUCAGAGUCUUGCAAUUGCUAGAGCAAUUGAAGCUUGAUUAUGAAAUUGUUCCUUACAAGAGAAACCAAGAUUUUCGUGCCCCUGAAGAUGCCAAGAAAAUACAUCCAUUAGGUAGAUUCCCUUUGGUAGAACUAGAAGACCGUACCACUGGGAAGAAGAAAGUGCUUGCUGAGUCUGGUUAUAUUUUCCACUACAUCCUUCAACAUCUUGACUCUAAAGGGUUGCUGAAGAACAAUGAUCCAGAUCAAGCGGAACAGAUUGAGUAUUUCUUAUACUACGCAGAGGGCUCUUUGCAACUUCCAUUGAUGGUGGAGUUUAUCCUCUCCAUGACAAAGAAGGCACCCAUUCCAUUCCCACUAUCGUACCUGUCAGGUAAAGUAGCUGAUAAGAUCAGUGAGAAGUACUCUAAAGGUGAAUUGCAGAACCAAUUGAAGUUUGUUGAAGGCGAGAUUGCCAAGAACCAGGGUUACCUAGUUGGUGGUAAGCUAAGUGGUGCAGAUAUCUUGAUGUUGUUCCCACUGCAAUCUGCUCUAAACCGUGGUUUUGCCAAACGUGAGGAAUAUCCUCACAUUAGCAAGUUUGUGGACACAUUAACUUCUUUGGACUCAUAUUCUGCUGCGAAGGCAAAGGCAACUGCCAAUGGUGGUAAGUUCUAA